UGAAAUGGCCACGUCAAGUGUUAGAAUAUUCUAGACCCAAUCUGAAACAAAAUUCCUUACUUACCUUCCCAUUCAACUUUCUGGAUUCUUCUAUUGACUCCUUAUAAAUUAACAACCUCUUCUCGUCCAUUAUCCAUCAAUCUCAUCUAUUCUCUGAAAUCAAAUUUCAAAUUCAUCAUCAUGCAAAUCUUUGUCAAAACCCUCACCGGAAAAACCAUAACCCUAGAGGUUGAAUCCUCCGAUACCAUCGACAACGUCAAAGCCAAAAUCCAAGACAAAGAGGGAAUUCCACCAGACCAGCAGCGUCUCAUCUUCGCCGGAAAACAAUUAGAAGACGGCCGAACCCUAGCCGACUACAACAUACAGAAAGAAUCCACUCUCCACCUCGUUCUCCGUCUCCGCGGUGGCAUGCAAAUCUUCGUCAAAACCCUAACCGGCAAAACCAUCACACUCGAGGUUGAAUCCUCCGACACAAUCGACAACGUGAAGGCGAAGAUCCAGGACAAGGAAGGAAUUCCUCCGGAUCAGCAGCGAUUGAUCUUUGCCGGAAAGCAACUGGAGGACGGGAGAACUCUUGCGGAUUAUAAUAUCCAGAAAGAGUCUACUCUCCAUCUGGUUCUUCGUCUGCGCGGUGGAAUGCAGAUUUUUGUGAAGACUUUAACGGGGAAGACGAUUACUUUGGAGGUGGAGAGUUCGGAUACAAUUGAUAAUGUGAAAGCGAAGAUUCAGGAUAAGGAAGGGAUUCCACCGGAUCAACAGCGUCUUAUCUUUGCUGGGAAGCAGCUUGAGGAUGGACGCACUUUAGCUGAUUAUAAUAUUCAGAAGGAAUCUACCCUUCACCUUGUUCUCAGACUCCGUGGUGGCGCUCAUGUAUAGAUCCAUAACUUUCUCUGUUUUCAUUCUCUUAAUAUGUAAUGCUGUUGAUGAUUAAAAGUUGAAUAAUUUAAGUUUCAAGUUUAUGCAAAUUUGGUUAUUAUGCAUUGUAGAUUGUUGUUAUGAGUUGAUUUAUUAAAUAAUUGUCAAGUCAUCAAGUUUAUUAAA